CUCACUUUCCAGAAGCUUUGCAGAAACACCCUUUGCUCUGCCUCAUUGAAUCCGUAGCAGAGACGGCCACCCGCAUCCCACCAGCCUCCCCCUGCCCUGGAAGAUGGUGAAGUACGGCCUCGACUACACGCGGUGCAGAUGGAUCCUACCCCUGCUCCUGGGCAUAGGCGUCAUCUUCGGUAUCAUUGCGCUGGCGGGCAGGGGCUGGCUGGAGUCGCAGACCUUGCCCUACGUGCACCGAGCAUCGUUAUGGGAGAGCUGCAGGAGGCCUGAGCAGGGUGGGGAAUGGACCUGCGAGUCCCUCAUGGGUUACGCUUGGGGAAGAGCUGCUGCUGCCACAUACCUGGUCGGCUUUAUACUUCUAGUCAUCUGUUUUGCUCUGGCCAUCAUAGCAUUUGCCAUUGACACACUUCGGUUCAACUUCAUACGAGGGAUUGGAGGCUUGCUUUUCGUCGCUGCUGUGUUCUCCAUCAUGGGCCUGGUCAUUUAUCCUGUAAAGUUCUCGACUGAAAUCGAAUUGACAGGAAUCAAUAUGUUCAGCUGGGCCUACGGCUUUGGCUGGACCACCGCCAUUAUGGAAAUAUGCUUGGGAUUCUUCUUCUGCUGCCUUCCUAACUACGAAGAUCAGAUCUUGGGUAAUGUGAAGCCCACAUAUUUUUACUCUUCCCCAUAAACACCAGGAAAAAUGCGUUUGUAUUCCAGAUGUAUCUGACAGACCAGCUACGUUUUCCAGAAUAUCGGCAUCGAAUCUUAAUAGAAAA